UAUAUUAUAAUUUUGUAGAUAUUUUAAUUUUUUAACAAAUAAUAAUCAAUUUUAUUAUAUUUGAUAAAAUGAUAUAAUGUUAGCAAAAGUUGAGUACAUUUUGUAAUUAAAUACUAAAUAGACUUUCCUUUAAUAUAAAAUACGCCUCACUUUUCAUUUAAUUUCAAAAGCACUUCAAUUCAUACAAAUCAUAUAAAAAUGACUUUUUUUUUGACACAUUUAUUGUUGGCUUAAAACAUAACAUUUGCUGUAAUUUGUUGUGAAGUAGUGAUAAUAUGUGUAAAAUUGGUUGAAAAUUGUUUUAAAAAAUAGUUGAAACAAAUAUUAAAUGCAAAUGCAAUGCAUUUUUAUAAACUUUUGACAACAGUUCACAUAUAGUGACGUCUAAUGCCUUUUCAUUUAGUUUUUAGUCAAUGUUUACAAAUAAUUGAGUAUUAGUUUAGACAAUGACUGACACAUUGAAUGAGUGUUUAAAUCAAUGACCGAAGUGUAUGACUGUAUGUCCUAAAUGACUGCCCAUCCUAUCCAUACCCUAUGCAUACCCUAUCCAUAGAUGUAGUACUUAUAAUGUGAUCACUUGUUAACAUAACAGUAACAUUGAUUAACAAAAGGACAGCCCAUGUCUUGAAUGCCAUCCCUUAAGAGUUGUGUCUCAUACUGUCAUCCCUGAGCUCUACAUAUGAAACAUAAAAACAUCGAUUGAAUGGCUUUUUAUGUGAUAUUAAAAGUGAUGUCAAAACACAAUCAAUAUAACAGAGUCUGUCUUAUUGUUGAUAACACAGUGCUAUGACUCCACCCAUAGAUACUGAUAUUACCAGUGCUUUAUCCAACUGUUCACAAGACAUGACAGUACUGUGAAUAUCAUGUUUAACAGCUGUCACUCAAUUGGUUCUCAACUUCUUCUCGCAAUUAUAAACAUCUGUUUGUUAUUUAACUUAUAAAUCAUAUAAAUUGUUUGUCAAAAACUUUAAGCAUUUUCUAAUAAACGACAAUAUAUUGUAUAAUAAGUGCAUUAUUUUUAACACAAAAUUCAAUGUAUUUGAAGACACUAUUGUCCACACAAAACAAAUAUUAAUCAUCAAUAGUAUCACUGAAUAGAUCUCAUUUGAAUUGUCAUAAUCAUCAAAAUGUGUGGCGGAUUCACGUGUACUAAGAAUGCUCUGACGGCUCUUAAUUUAAUAUAUAUCUUGGUUUCAAUUAUCCUGAUAUCGGUGGCCGCCUAUGGUAUGGCCGCCAGUAAAGUAACGAGUAUUUCGAUAAUCGGUGGUAUCAUUGCCUGCGGAGUAUUCCUAUUGUUGUUGUCGUUGUUAGGAUUGGUUGGCGUCCGAAGUCACCAUCAAGUGAUGCUAUUUUUUUAUAUGGUUGUAUUGUUCAUCUUAUUUGUUGUACAAUUCAGUAUUGCCUGCGCUUGUCUGGCAUUCAGUAGUCAACAACAGUCACAAUUGGCCCAAAAAGGUUGGAAUACUGCAUCCAAACGGAUCCAACAGAAAGCACAAGUAUUUUAUGAUUGUUGCGGUUAUGAGACCAACAAUACUAUAAAUCUGAUACUUGACAGAGACUGUCCCAAUGUUAAGUGUUGUCAAGAUAUAGACAAUUGCCAAAACUCGUGUCAUCCCUGCGCUCCUCAGAUCAAAAAAGCCAUCAAAAAUGCAUUGGAAAUCUCAGGUUACGUCGGAUUAUUCUUUAGCUUUACGGAGUUUAUCGGUGUUUGGCUAACAGUGCGUUAUAGAAACCAGAAAAAUCCCAGAGCUGAUCCCAGCGCUUUUCUCUAA